AUGGUAUCCAACAUGCUCCUAAUAACGCUCUUCUCCACCCCGGUCCUUGCCUCCUUCCCGACCUCCUACUACUACGACUCGACUUCCAAAGAGUGUGCCACCAUCGGCAACUUCAUGGCUCCCUACUCGGGAAUUCGAAUCUGGUGUGAGAAGGAUCUGUUCGACGCCUCCAGAGACCGUCUAGCCAUGUCUGUAUGCCAAAACGGAUACACCUACGACUACACCAUCUCCGAUACCCCGGGAUGCACGGACUUCUCCAACCCCAUGGAGUUCACCAACACGUCGUCGGAAAUGCAGUUCGAUCCCUGGCAUUUCGGAGGUGGAAAGUUCAAGCUUGCCCGGAGAUACACAUCGCUCGACCGAGAAACACCCGUUUAUUGGCCCGAUACCUUUGUCGGAGGCGUAUUCAAGUGUCCUCUGGACGAACCCUGUACCAACGACAACGCCAUUCCCAUCGCUCCUCUUUUGGCCGACGAGCCGUGGCACUUUCUGCGCAAGUUCUCCAUGUGGACCGUGACUGCCAGGUUCCCCAUAAUGUACUCUCCGGACUUUACAGGCCACCACUAUCCUCACAUCAAGGGCAACAAUGACUGGGCGAGAUAUCUAGACGUCAACGAGAGAUAUAGAACUGUCAGAGAGAAGACAGUCCACACCCAACCAAAGUACGUGCCCGACAAGAAUGUGCCGGCUGAUACACUCGACAACGACAGCAACAGCAACGAACCUCUCACUCUCCCUCUCACCCCCUCAAUUCCUCUACCUUUACAGUCCGAUGCUCUUCCUGGGGAAGAAAAGUACCAUGUUCCUGGACACUCAAUCACGGUUGAGAUUCAUGGGUUCAGAGCCGGUGUCAAGAGUAAACUGGAACACAAGUUUGCGCAGAUUUCCAGCCAGUAUUCUGACGUCCUCAAACAAUACAACCCUUCUCAUGGCCUCCUGGGACUGCUGUAUCAUCUUAGAGUCAACCUGGAGUAUUAUACAGCCAAGAGGAUCUGGCUGGAUCUUGUCAAGUUGCUAUAA